CAAGAACACAGAAAAAACCAGAGGGGGAGGGCGACAGAGAGACGGAGAGAGAGACGUGCCACAGACACUUGAUUAGUCUUUCACAUGAAACGGGAGCGCAGCCUCUGCUGUCGAUCACCUCCAGGAUGAACCACAGACCGCUUGCAGUUCAUCAUGCCAGCCGGACUGCAGGUUACAGCGACAGCCCCAGAGCCAGGAGCCGUGAUAACCUGCUCAUGUACGAUGAUUUUGGAGAGGAAACGUGUUGCUCCGGACGAUGCCUUGGCCACAGUAACUCUGAGCGACAGCUUAUGGCUCGUCUCACUGCUGCUAAACGACGCCAGGCUCUCCGUGGACCUGCCUACAUGUUCUCAGCUCCCUCAGUCAGCCUGUCAGAGGUUGAGCAGCGUUUCCUGGAAGCAGCUGAAUACGGGAACAUACCAGAGGUGCGGCGUAUGCUGCUGCAUGUACCCAACUUGAACGUCAACGCUGUUGACUACAUGGGCCAAAAUGCACUGCAGCUGGCAGUGGCCAACGAACAUCUGGAGGUGACAGAGCUGCUGCUGGGGAGGGCAGACUUGGCCAGAGUGGGCGACGCUCUCCUUUUAGCCAUCAGUAAAGGUUAUGUUCGCAUCACAGAGACUUUGCUGGGCCACCCUUCAUUUAGAGACGCCCGUCGUCUAACAGCAAGCCCCGUUCAGGCAGACAUGUUGGAUGACUUCUAUGCUUAUGAUGAGGACGGGACAAGGUUUUCUCAUGACGUGACUCCAGUGAUACUGGCUGCACACUGUCAGGAAUAUGAAAUUGUUUACACCCUGCUAAGUAAAGGGGCUCGCAUCGAUCCGCCUCAUGACUACUUCUGUGGCUGUGACUCGUGCAACUACCAGCAGCAGUUUGACUCCUUCAGCCACUCCCGAUCGAGGAUCAAUGCCUACAGAGGACUCGCCAGUCCUGCUUACCUCUCCUUGUCUAAUGAGGAUCCAGUGCUGGCAGCACUGGAGCUCAGCAAUGAACUGGCCAUGCUAGCUAAUAUUGAGAAAGAAUUUAAGAAUGACUACUCCCGCCUUUCGAGCCAGUGCAAGGAUUACGUGGUGGGCCUUCUGGACCUGUGUCGCAGCACGGAGGAAGUUGAGGCCAUAUUAAAUGGAGAAACUGACUCGGACGAUAGCUAUGAUGUACCAGGUCGCCCCUCCCUCACACGGCUCAAAUUAGCCAUCAAAUACGAGCUCAAAAAGUUUGUGGCUCAUCCUAACUGCCAGCAGCAGCUGCUGAGUAUCUGGUAUGAGAACCUGCCUGGCCUGAGACAACAAACCACUGCCAUCAAACUGCUGGUGGUGCUGGCGGUGGCUAUAGGACUGCCUGGACUGGCUGUGGCUUACUGGAUUGCCCCAUGCACCAGAGUGGGAAAAGUGAUGCGUAGCCCCUUCAUGAAGUUUGUGGCUCAUGCCUCAUCCUUUACAAUUUUCCUGGGUCUUCUCAUCCUGAAUGCUGCUGACCGCUUUGCAGGCACCACCCUGCUGCCAAACAUGACACACCAUCAGCUCCCGGGCAGCUCUGACCCUCUGCUGCUCUACCGCAUGACUACAACACCCUUCACUUGGAUGGAGAUCCUUAUCAUCUCAUGGGUCAUAGGUAUGAUUUGGGCAGAGGUAAAGGAGAUCUGGAGUCAAGGACCAGGGGAGUACCUGGUUGAGCCGUGGAACUUCUUGGAUUUUGGGAUGCUCGCCAUCUUCCUGGCUUCCUUUAGCUGCCGCUUCUCUGCGCUGAGACAUGCUAACCUAGCACAGACCUCUGUGUAUGCAAAAUACACAACGCUGAUUAAUGUCACACUGCCUAAGGAGAUACGCUACUUCACUAUGGCUCGUAUCGAGUGGGUGGCGUCAGAUCCCCAGUUGGUAUCAGAGGGCCUGUACGCGGUCGCAGUGGUGCUGAGCUUCUCUCGGAUUGCUUAUAUCCUCCCGGCCAACGAAAGCUUCGGUCCCCUGCAAAUCUCUUUGGGAAGGACAGUAAAGGACAUUUUUAAGUUCAUGGUCAUUUUCAUCUUGGUCUUUCUGGCGUUCAUGAUCGGCAUGUUCAACCUGUACUCUUAUUACCUGGGUGCAAAACAAAAUGAUGCCUUCACAACCCUGGAGGAGAGCUUCAAGACAUUGUUCUGGGCUAUAUUUGGACUGUCUGAGGUCAGAUCCGUAGUGAUCAACAACGGACACAAAUUCAUCGAGAACACUGGUUACGUCCUGUACGGAGUUUACAAUGUUACCAUGGUGAUAGUGCUGCUCAACAUGCUCAUUGCCAUGAUUAAUAGUUCCUUCCAGGAGAUUGAGGAUGAUGCUGACGUCGAGUGGAAGUUUGCUCGUGCAAAACUUUGGUUCUCCUACUUUGAGGAGGGAAGGACACUCCCUGUGCCCUUCAACCUAGUCCCCAGCCCAAAAUCUAUGCUCGGACUGGCCACAGGCAUCAAGUCCUUGCUCCUGCAGUUAGUUGAAGGACACAGCAAAGAGAAAAAUGAGACACAACUCAACCAGCUUGGAGUAAGCAAAAACUCAGGAUAUGGUGCUUCUACCAGCCGAACCAGAUAUCAGAAGAUCAUGAAGCGGCUAAUAAAGCGGUACAUCAUCAAAGCACAAGCAGACAGAGAAAGCGAUGAGAUCACUGAAGGAGAGCUGAAAGAAAUCAAGCAGGACAUUUCCAGUUUGCGAUAUGAGCUGCUAGAAGAAAAAGCACAAAACCUGGAGACGCUCGAUGGGCUGCUGAAGAGGCUGGGAGAGAUCAGUACGCCUUCAUCAUAGCAAUGUCUGUCAUAAGUGAAGAGCGCAAAGAUUAAGUGCCUAUUCACUGUCAAAAGAUGCUGUAUACAUAGUGACACAACAUUACUAACGAUAAAUGACAAUGCACGUAUGUGAAUAUAAACAUUAAAUAUAAAAGGUCAAAUGUAUGUGACCGACAGUGUGAUACACAUUUUUUUGUAAAGUACAGACUCAAUUUAAAUAUUCUAUACUUAUCUGCACACACACACACACACACACGGAGUACUGUCCAAAACUCACUACCUAUCAUUUCUUCAUAUUUUGCUUCCAGGUGGUCAGACCUUAUUGUAAUUUUUAAGCUGGUCUUAAUCAAUAGUUCUCCAGCUUUCUGAAGCUCUUUCAAAGUUUUUCAUUUCAUUUCACUAAUUUUUCAGUCCAGUCCUUGUACCUGACCAUUUUCAUGCCAUUUAACCCUGAUCUAUGAGUUAUAAAUCUAAUUCAACAUAGCAAAGAAUACAUUUAAAUUGUACAUUUAGGCAUUUUGUUAGUAGCCGUCAAUUGUUUUCCUUAAUCAAAUCUACAAAAAAAGCCAACGAUAACACAGUUUGACAGGCAUGAAAUGGUACUUUUGCACCAACAAUGUGAUUCCUAAAAGAUAUAUUCGUAAAAAAAACUGGGAUAUCUUGGCAUGGUGUGCAGUAUAUCCUCAAAAUCUCCAAUGGGCAGGAAACCGGACAGGUGAGGGUCAAAAGAAGAAGUGGCAGAUCUAUAAAUUAUCGACAGCACAAAUGAAAAAUAAAAUCAGCAAAGACCUGACAGGACCUGAGUGAUGCAUCUGGCCUUUCAGUCAAUCUAUUACUGUUCAAUGAAGUAGAGGAAAAUGGUCUCAGUGUAAGGGUGGCUGUCAAGAAGCCAUUCUUAAGGAAGGGAAAUAAGGGAGAAAAGGCUGAGGUAUGCCAAGUUGCACAAGAACUGAACGGAAAAUCAGCGGGAACAGGUCUUAUGAAGUGAUGAAUUCAAAUUGGAAGUUUUUGAUUCACUAUGUUUGAGGAUAUCAGGAGAGGGGCACACCAUUGAGUGUCUACAGCCAUCUGUUGCACAUGGUUGAUACUCUGUCAUGGUUUCUGAUUGCAUUUCAGCCAUAGGUGUUCGAGAUCUUGUCAGCACUGACUGAAACAUGAACACAGAAAGGUCAUCAUCAUCAUUUGAUCCACAAUGCAGUACCAUCUGGAAAGCAUCUGACUAGAUUAGAAUGACAUGACAAACACACUAGAAAUGCAGAAAAAUCAUACUUGAAU